CGGAGCCGGGCGGGAAGAAGGCGGCGGCGGCGGCGGUGGCGGGGAGGCGGCCGGCCGGGCCGGGAGGAGCCGCUGCGAUGACCCAGCAGGGCGCGGCGCUGCAGAGCUACAACAACGAGCUGGUCAAGUGCAUCGAGGAGCUCUGCGCCAAGCGGGACGAGCUGAGCCGGCAGAUCCGGCUGGAGGAGGAGGAGAAGGGCAAGCUGCAGAGCGACAUCCGCCUGCUGACCGAGCGGCUGGCGCGCCUCAACGAGAGCCUGGCGCGCAAGAUGGCCUCGCGCAACGAGUUCGACAAGACCAUCGCCGAGACCGAGGCGGCCUACGUGAAGAUCCUGGAGAGCUCCCAGACGCUGCUCAACGUGCUCAAGAAGGAGGCGGGGAACCUCGCCAAGGCCACCGAGUCCAAGAACCUCCCCGCGAAGGACAGCUGAGGGGCGCGCGCUCGGGCCUGUCAAAUAAAGCUGGAUUGGUUUCUUA